AUGCCGGACGAGGCGAGCUGCUCCAACAUACCGGACAUGUUGAACUUGUUCAACCUGCCGCCCGUCGAGGCUGAGGAGGACGGCGAGGAGCACGAUGAGGCGCCGAAGAGAAGAAGCCAUCCACGUGCAGCUAAGCGCGGCGCCGAUUCAUCGCCUGAGAAAGAUAGCCCGAAAAAAGCGAUGAAGCACAGAACUGAAGAGAAAUCACCGUCAUCAAAAUCGACAAAUCGGGCCGGUUCUCAAGAGGGCGCCGACGACGAUGAGGCAAUCACCGGCGGUCACCUGGAUUGGGGCCAAAUUUUCGAGACGGGUACAACGGAGGAGCGCACGGCGCGCCAGGCGCGGCUUUCCGACGCCGGCAGGUCGCCGCGAGAGAGCGGUCCGCGGCAGUUUCGCCCGGACAAAUGCAAGGUCUGCCAAUUCCAAUACAAGGGCUCCGCGCCGAAUAUUUGGAAUGGACUGUCUCAGCACGUGUGGACGCAUAUGGACGAGAAACGAUAUGUAUGCACUAAAGGCUGCGGCUUCCAGUCGGGCAAGGCGACGAAUCAUACCUGCUCGGCGUUGACGGCCGCCGAGAAGAAGAAGCACGGCCCGUACGGGGAUUACAAGGAUGUUUUGAGCCGAAAGCUGUUCGGAAAAUACCUCUCCCAGCUCGACAUUUGCUUCCCGAGGAGCGCCACCCAGCUGCACGCCUUUGUGCAACGGCAGCUGCAAAGCUUCGAGUUCAAGGAGGUAUGUCACAAAGUGCUGACAAGCCGAAUGGCCGCCUACCAACUCAUCCACCACGCCCUCAACCACAUGAAGGUCAAGCCGUGGAGCUGCCCAGAUUGCGAUGUCACGUCGCGUACGAAAUGGCCGAUAACGACGCACAUUCAACGCGAGCACAAGGGCGUCGGCGAGCCGGUGGAUAGCAGAACCGACGACUACUUCCGUGAAGCCGAAGAGCUUGCAAUAAAAUGCUUCCCCCAUCACGUGCUCGCCAUCCAGGCAUCGAUGGCCGCCCAGCGAACAUCGAAUGACGAUGAAAAGUCGGAGGAGGAUGAGGAGAGAAAUGGAAGUGAUGAAGAAGAGGAGGAGGUCGAGGAGCAGGAGGAGGAGGUGGAGGAGAAGAAGAAGCCGGAAAAGGAGAAAGAGGAUGAGCUUGAUGCGGCGACGUCGGCGGCAAUUUUGGAAGCGAUGUACGGCGGCCCGGACUCUCCACCCCCACGACGCCAACUUCGAGCCCGUAAACCGGCUGCCCCGCCGCCACCGCCAAUUGAAGAACCAAAAGGAAGACGCGCGAGUGGCCGUGUCAAGGAUCAGCAUACGAAGUCCGUGAAUCGGAAAGCCCUGACGGCCGAGUACAACGAGUUGCGCCAGCUGCUCCGCGAAAAAGACAUGCAGCUGGCCAGUAUGCGACAGAGAUUGGAAAAUGAAGAAUUGGCGCAGGUGGAUUUGCUCAACGGAAACGUCGAGCUGGAGGACCAGAUCAAGAAGCUUGACGUCAAGCAGGAAGAUCUCUACCAACUGCUGGGCAACAAGAGCUCCGAAAUUAUGGGACUCGAGAUGCAGACGGAAAACCUGCGAACGGCCCUCGAAAAGGUGGCCCCGGAGAUUGCGGCAAGGAUGGGA